AUGUUUCUCGCUACAAUAUUUUGUCAAUUAUUUUUUUUCUUUAAUGAAUUCUGUUCAUAUCUAUCUAUCUAUCUAUCUAUCUAUCUAUCUAUCUCAGUUUUUAUCUAUCUAUCUAGAUUCGGUAAAUGGCUGGCAGGCUAUCUAGUUCUUUCAUAUCUAUCUAUCUAUCUAUCUAUCUAUCUAUCUAUCUAUCUAUCUAUCCCGUCCGGUUCACACUCCUCUCUUGUCACCUACCCCUAUCUAUUUAUGUAUUUUCCUAUCUAUCUAUCUAUCUAUCUAUCUAUCUAUCUAUCUAUCUAUAGCAAGCUAUCUAGGUCUUUCAUAUCUAUCUAUCUAUCUAUCUAUCUAUCUAUCUCAGUUUUUAUCUAUCUAUCUAGAUUAGGUAAAUGGCUGGCAGGCUAUCUAGUUCUUUCAUAUCUAUCUAUCUAUCUAUCUAUCUAUCUACUGAACAUUACUGGAUCUACCAUUGCUCUAAGCGAUCUGAGUCUGUUUCUCUUUCUAUCUAUCUAUCUAUCUAUCUAUCUAUCUAUCUAUCUAUCUAUCUAUAUAUAUAUCAAGCUAUCUAGGUCUUUCAUAUCUAUCUAUCUAUCUAUCUAUCUAUCUAUCUAUCGCUUCUGUACAUGUGUCUUUUUGCGUUGUAGUCUGUAUCUCUUUAUCAAUCGAUACCUCGCCGUCACCUACAACCCAUCCAGGCCCGUGAGAACAUCCUCAGCAGGUAAAAGCUUGUCACAUCCUUAUCUACGGGGUUUUUCUCACCACUUGUACCGACCUUCACUUAACCGGCGCUCUUUCUCUUCCUGUGCCUUCGUGACAUCAUGCGUCCAUCAGCUCCUUCUCUCCUCUCUCUCGCUUUUUUCUAGUUUCUCCCCCAAUCUUUUUAGAAAAAAGAAAAACUCUCUAUCUUCUUCUAUCUAUUUAGAAAAAAUUAAAUUUAUACUCGCCAUGGGAUAA